AUGAGUUCUGUCGGCUGUCUAAUUUGUCAUCAGAAAUUCAUUUCAGUUUCCUUGGUCCAAUUAGCUGUCAGUCACCCAAAGAAGACCCACGCCCACAAACGAUGUUCCAUUAGCGUGCCCAACGAUUGUCUUCCAGAUAUGAAGCGUCUCAAGAGGGUCUUCGGUGUAGAUCUCACCAGUUUGGUCCGUGCAGAAAACCGGUUAGUUCUCUAA